AUGGUGUAUAACAUUCCCUUAAUCAUCUUCAUGGACGACGUUUCAGGCAACAUAUCGAAGCAGUGGAACAAACACCACACUAUAUACAUGUCUAACACAAAUUUGCCUCGAGAGAUGCUCGAAAAAGAAUUCUUCGUUGACGCAGCACGAUCUGGUGUCAUGGUGUGGGAUUGCAAGUUCAACGAGGAAGUUAUGCUCAUUCCGUAUGCAUUAUUUCUCGCUGGAGACAAUCCCAUGCAAGCUGAAGAGUGUAGCCACGCGGGGCUCAACUGCAACUAUUUCUGCAGGACGUGCGAUGUUGGCGGAAUGAAAGAGUACAAGGAAUCCGAGGCUGGCUACAACAGCAUUUUUAUGUCAGGUAAUAUACAGACCCCCGAGAAGACGAGUCAAGAGAUUCGACAACAGUUUGAAACUGCCUUCAGAUCAGGCGCCACGACAAAAAUCCAGAAUUCUGUUUCGUCGACUGGUGUGCGAGAUUCAGCUUCGGGUUCAAUUCUCAGUGCGUUGGUCGAACUUGGCAAGAAGCUUCGAAAACGCAUACCAGGAUCUCCAGCUCUGCCUGAAAGUGAAGUUGAAGCUGCGCUUCGGAAAGAAUUCGAGGAACUCUUGAAAGGUGGACACCUCAAUGAUACUACCAAUCCCCUACUGGGAAUGGAUGGGUUAGAUAUUCAUAUGGAUACCCCAACGGAAAUCCUUCAUACAAUACUCCUGGGCAUUACAGUGUUUCUCCUCGAAAAAGCAAAGUUCCUCCACAUUUUUCAGUACUGGCUCGAAUCCAUUGACAAGGACGGCCUGAAUGUGCCCUGUCUAAAUGCAGACUAUAUUUGCCACUAUAAAGGCAGUUUAAUCGGCAAGCAUUUUAAAAGUUUGGCGCAAGUUAUGCCAUUCAUUAUCCACGACCUCGUUCCUCUGACGGUCCUUAAUGCAUGGACAGUGAUUGGCGAACUCAUUGUACUGGUCUGGCACACAAGAUUCACGGACACAGAAACAUAUCUCGCAACGCUAUCUCGAACCAUUGAAGAUUUUUUGAAUGUUACGACACAAUGCGCACCGAGUAUUUUGAUUAGCAAGCCAAAGUUCCAUUUUCUCGUCCAUCUUCCAGCGUACAUUCGUCGUUUCGGCCCUGCGAUUGUUUUUUCAACUGAGCGAUACGAAUCAUUCAAUCAUGUCUUCCGGUUAUCGUGCAUCUACAGCAACUGA